GCACCAUCCAAGGACGUUUGUGGAGCCCACUAGCUGCUUGCAGGAGCUGAACAUAUCCCAAAGGGCCUUCAAGCGAAGGGAGCAGCAUAGGCAACCUGCCCGGGAGCUGACAUGGAACAGAAGAUCAGCUCUUUCUUUAAUUCCAUCUUGGAGCUCAUCCGUACCAAGCAUGAGGAAGGUGUCUUCAACACCGUCUGCCUGGCCGUGCUGAUGGGUCUGCCUUUCGUCGUCCUCAUUGCAUUCAUUUUCAUCUGCUGCCACUGCUGCUUCUGCAGCCGGAGGGGAGAAAGCAGGAAGAAAGGUGGCCCCAGCAGCAACGGGCAGCUGCAUGCCGAGAAAAACAAGAAGAAAAAGAAGAAGAAGAAGAAGGAUGAAGAGGACCUGUGGAUUUCGGCUCAGCCCAAGCUGCUCUUGCUGGACAAGAGACCCUCCUUGCCCAUCUAGUGGACAGGAGGGCGUUCAGGCCCUCCCCUCUGAGAUGCUGCCAGUCUUUUCAGCUCUGCACGAGGGGUGAGGAGAUGCCAAAGCUGCUACUUUAUGGUGACUUUCAAAAUAGGCUGAUCCCAGCAGCUAACCAGCGUGUUGAAAGGCCAGCAGAGGGCAAGGCAGUCGGGCACAGGUUUAUGCAAGCCCCUUCCCUUCCACCAUGACGGUGUGCCCAAGGGCAGAAACCCCUGCAAAGGACGGGCAUUCACACGGACACAUGCCCUGCUGAGCACGCAAGGGUGACCUGCCACCAGGCUGUACAUACCUCCCGCCAUGAGCACAACGCACACGCACCGGGCUGGCACGCAGCGAACUGGGUGCAAGGCUCUCCCUCUGCACUUGUGUGCGAGCACAGGCACCAUGGCGCAGACAAGGGUGUGCAGGACCACAUGCACUCAAAAGACCAAGCUGCCUGCACGCUCCCCCUGCACAAACACGGACGUCUGCACGUGAAUCAAGCUCAGGCGUGCCUCGUUUGCUUGCCCUGCCAUGGAGAUGGCACAGCUUGACUGUCUAGGCUCCAUCCAAACCCAGCUCACACUGGAGAUGCAAAAAAAGCCGAGAGCAGGGUAACCCCACAGCUCAAAGAUGUGCCAUCUCCCCGGCCACCAAACCAAAGGCAACUGAGAGCAUCUGAAGCUAGAUGCCCUCAGCCCAACCUUAGAGACCUCAAGACACCAUCUUAAGGCAGCGAAGCAGAAGGAUGCUUUGCCACCCAGGCUAGAGGCAGGGAGGAGAGAGGAGGCUGCAAGACCAGCCCUUUUGCACCAGCACUUACUUACAAAAAAAAAAUCUUCCUUGAAAGACUGUUUUAUACAGACUUGCCUUUAGAGAGCCCACCACGCUACUGCAAGAGCAGAAACACAAGCUGAGGCUGUGUAAAGGCUUAGCUAUGGGCAUUAGAGUUAUUUAUUGAAUGACUACUAAAGAAGAGCAGGACCAAAGGCCCCUCUGUUGUGGGGCUAGGCACACCGAAGCAGUAUUGAAGCAGCAGACAUGCUUUCCCAGCACACUCGGCCGUCCCCUCUCCCUGCAGCCCUUGUGCAUACGCAGACCCACCAGCACCCACCGCCAGCUGGUGCCACGUGGGCAGCUCCGUAUGCCACACAGAGGGCUUGUUGUGUGGCUGUCAAACCAGACAACUCUAGGAUUUGGGAUGUGCUGUAGGAGCAGAGGGGAGUAAAGUUCAUGCCCACAGUCAUCCCUUACCCAGGGAUGCAUCGUACAGCUGGACCCUGCAACCCUGUCCAUCCUCAUCUCCCUUGGCCACGCGACGGCUCGGCCGGGCACAGCAGCUAAUGAGACCACACACAGCUCUCACCCGUACUCUGGUUUUGACCCUCUGCUCUCCCUAGGCCUGCGUGCCCAGCCUACCUCCUCAGGAGCUGGGGGUCUCCUCUGCCCCCCCACCCCGCAAGGCUCUGUCUCCCCCAGCUUGUUUUGCCAGCAAGGGAUACACACGUGUUGUGAGAAGCCCCAUCACAUCUGGUUUUUGCCUUGUGUCUGUACACUGGAUGUUUUCCUCCUGUGUUCUUCCAGUUCUUAAGCUGCUGGAGCAGACUGGAGCUGCCAGCCAGAGCCAGACAUCUGGGGGACAAGCAGCCAAACCCAUGUGGGCAAGCCUGGACAGAGCUGCUGGACACAACCGCUUCCAGCCCAGGCAAGGGCAGUGCUGCCUUCCCCUGGCUCCCGGGGCACGCACUGGCGGGGGGGGGCAAAGCCAUUGGUUAGAAGCAGC